CACCUAAAUCCGCCCAGCGACGAGCCUAGUUCUCUUUUCGGUCUCAGACAUGGGCACACCGCAGAAGGAUGUUAUUAUCAAGUCAGAUGCACCCGACACCCUAUUAGUGGAGAAGCAUGCAGAUUAUAUAGCAUCCUAUGGCUCAAAGAAAGAUGAUUACGAAUACUGUAUGUCUGAAUAUUUGAGAAUGAGUGGCAUCUAUUGGGGUCUGACUGUAAUGGAUCUCAUGGGACAGCUACAUCGCAUGAAUAGAGAAGAGAUUCUGACAUUUAUUAAGUCUUGUCAACACGAGUGUGGUGGAAUAAGUGCUAGUAUUGGACAUGAUCCUCAUCUUUUGUACACUCUUAGUGCUGUCCAGAUUCUUACCCUCUAUGAUAGUAUUAAUGUUAUUGAUGUAAAUAAAGUUGUGGAAUAUGUUCAGAGUCUACAGAAAGAAGAUGGUUCUUUCGCUGGAGAUAUUUGGGGAGAAAUCGACACAAGAUUCUCUUUUUGUGCGGUGGCAACUUUGGCUCUAUUGGGGAAGCUGGAUGCUAUUAAUGUGGAAAAGGCAAUCGAAUUUGUUCUAUCAUGUAUGAACUUUGAUGGUGGAUUUGGUUGCAGGCCAGGUUCUGAAUCCCAUGCUGGGCAGAUCUAUUGUUGCACAGGAUUCCUGGCUAUUACUAGUCAGUUGCAUCGAGUAAAUUCUGAUUUACUUGGUUGGUGGCUUUGUGAACGACAGCUUCCAUCAGGUGGACUCAAUGGAAGGCCAGAGAAGUUACCAGAUGUGUGCUAUUCUUGGUGGGUGUUGGCUUCCCUAAAGAUAAUUGGAAGGCUUCACUGGAUUGACAGAGAGAAACUGCGCAGUUUCAUUUUAGCAUGUCAAGAUGAAGAAACGGGAGGAUUUGCGGACAGGCCAGGAGAUAUGGCAAAUCCUUUUCAUACUCUAUUUGGAAUUGCUGGAUUGUCACUUUUGGGAGAAGAACAGAUUAAACCUGUUAGCCCUGUUUUUUGCAUGCCUGAAGAAAUACUUCGGAGAGUGAAUGUUCAACCUGAACUAGUGAGCUAGAUUAGAUCCCUUGAUGCAAAAGUUACUUAGUGUAGUUUUACUGUCCUAACAUUUCAGUAUUUGAAGUGCUUAACAAACUUAAUGGCUGCCAUGUUAAUAUUUUGUACAUGAAUUGUGUUGAUUUUAAUAAAUUAUAUAAUUAUACAUACUGUAAAUUAGAGAUCUUUAUUGCACCUUCAGCUUUCCGUUUUCUUCUGGAAUGCUGUUAUUCGGAGCGUAAUAUUUUGUUUAUGCUUCAAUGUAUUUAUCUUGUUUGUCUCCAUAACAGCAACCUGAGUUGAACUCUAGCUGAUGAAGUCUUGUGUUCUGAUUUUCCCAUGUACUCCCUUGAUAUGUUAUAUAUAACUAUAGUUAAUAUAAAUUGGUCUUUGUCAAUGAGAAUGUUAACUGAUGAAGAAUUGAUGAACCCCAUAGAAAUUAAAAGAUGAAAAAAAAUAAAUGGCUGAAAUUUGGGAAUA